AGUGAGGGCACAGCCAAGUCUAGGCUAAUGGGGGGCUUGAGCCUGUGACCUUGGUCAAAUUAGGACAGAGCCACGGGGAGCCCCAGCCCCAAGCUCAAACUACUCACACAGCCAUGCUCCUAAUAGACACAGCCUUACCACGCACUCCUCCCACAACUCACCCAAGCGCAAACGUCUCAGUCCAGAAAACACUGCCCCUCUCCUCCCCGUCCCCAACACAGCUGGCCCGACCCAAAGGUUCCAUUCAUUCAGCAAGCAUUUACUAAGCUUCUAACGCGUGCCAGGGACUGCGCUAGGUGCCGAGGAUACGGAGACAAAAAGGAAAUAAUCCCGGCCUUCAAGCAGGUUACAUUCUACCUCCCUCUCCUGAAUGAGUACCGAAGGCCAGUAGUGAGCCCCUGGGCCGAGUGGGGAGGUGGGGGGAGGUGAGCCAGGGAGCGUUUUCACAGACGCCCCGCCCCGGGGCUGGCCCGGUGCUAAUGAGCCGGCGCACGUCCGGCGCACUCCCAUUCCUCCCUCCAUCUCUCCAUCCAGCCUUUCCUUUGGUCCCUACCGCUCUCUCCGGCUCCGCUCCCGAGGCUUCUGCUGCAUGAGGCAGCGGCGCCCAGAGAGCCAGGGCUUGGUUAUCCUUCGGUUCUGUCUGCCUCCGCCUGUCCUCUCGUCGGUCUGCGACAUCUGGACAUCUGGGACAAAGGCGAACGGCUGGGCCUCCCUCAUCGUGGGACGUGGAUCCGGGCCAUGGAGCGGCCGUGACCCAGGCCCCCACCAAUUGUACCCCUCAUCCCGAUCCCACCAUGGCGAGUGGGCGGCCAGACCUGAAGAGGAGUUUCUCCAUAAUACCCUGCUUCAUCUUUGUGGAGUCAGUGCUCCUGGGAGCCGUAGUACUUCUUGCCUAUCGCCUGGAAUACACAGACACAUUCCCAGUGCACAUGCAGGGUUUCUUCUGCUAUGACAGCACUUACGCCAAGCCCUACCCAGGGCCUGAAGCCACCAGCCGUGUCCCACCAGCUCUGAUCUACCCCCUGGUCACUGCAGGGCCUGCCAUCACGAUCCUCUUUGGAGAACUUGCCCGGGCCUUCUUCCCAGCUCCCACCUCAACUGUGCCUGCCCUGAGAGAGAAGACCAUUGUGUGUGGGGACUGCUGCCGCUUCAGUCCAGCCCUCAGAAGGCUGGUCCGCUUCCUGGGCGUGUAUUCGUUUGGCCUCUUCACCACAUCCAUCUUUGCCAAUGCUGGCCAAGUAGUGACGGGGAAUCCUACGCCACACUUCCUGUCUGUCUGCCACCCCAAUUAUACAGCUCUGGGCUGCCCACCGCCAGCUACAGACAAGCCUGGACCGGACCGGUAUGUCACCGACCAAGGGGCCUGUGCAGCCGGCAACCCUGCCUUGGUUGCAGCUGCCCGACGUGCCUUCCCCUGCAAGGAUGCAGCCCUGUGUGCAUUUGCAGUCACCUAUACGGCGAUGUAUGUCACACUAGUAUUCAGGGUAAAGGGCUCCAGGCUGGUGAAGCCUUCACUCUGCCUUGCCCUGCUCUGCCCAGCUUUUCUGGUGGGUGUAGUCCGUGUGGCUGAGUAUCGGAACCACUGGUCAGAUGUGCUGGCUGGAUUCCUGACUGGGACAGCUAUUGCCACCUUCCUGGUUACCUGUGUUGUCAAUAAGUUCCAGAGCCGAGUGCCUCUGUGCCAGAGAGCAUUCCGAUGGGAGGGUCUGGGCCCAGUGCCUGCCAUUGAGAACCCCCUUGAAAAGUUAAAUUCAGCCCAGGAGCCCAAGACCACUGCACCCCCGCUGCAGCCUGCCCGCCUCACCCCACCCAAGCUGCAGAGCUGUACUCGUCGGGGCCACCUGAUCCCCAGCUGUGUGUCUUCCCGGGCCCCCCCGAUGUGUUCUUCCCCUCGUGUUCCCCGUGCUCGAGUGAGGUCUGAGCCAACAUUGCCUGCCAUGACCCCUGGCCCCAGCCAGGGCCCCCCACCAUCCCCUGGACCAUCUGUGGCUGGUGGGGGUGGAGGUGGGGGUGGCCGGGGCCGGAAGUUGCUACUGCCCACUCCUCUGCUGCGGGACUUAUACACCCUCAGUGGACUGUACCCCUCCCCCUUCCAUCGGGACAGCUUCAGCCCCUACCUGUUUGCCAGCCGGGACCACCUGCUGUGAACUCAGGUUCCUAGAUCCUGAGAGCCUCUGGCUCCAUAUACCUCCUGGAGUCAGAUGUUCUCAGGCUGUGUGUAUGUGUCUCCUGUGUGCCUGUGAGUAUGAGUGUGUGUGUGUGUGUGUGUGUGUGUGUGUGUGUGUGUGUGUGCGCGCGCGCGCGUGCGCACCUUCCUGUGUGUGUGGCCCCACCAGCCAAUCCCACAUGGGUGUGGGGAUGGAUGGAGAAUUUAAAGAAGUCUAGGCCUGGAUGGUUUUGUUUCUUACCCUCUUCUCUAGCUGGCUGAGCCCCAGGAGGGUCUUCAUUGCCUGAUGUGGGGGAAUUUGGGAUUGGGAAUGCUGAGGGAGGAGACCCUCCAUUGUCCCAAGGUUUGGAGUGGGGACAGAAGCUCCUUCUUUUUAUCCAAAAGCUAAUAGAAAUAACCUUUGACUUCUUACUAUACAUUUAGGGUCUCUAUGUCUCAAAAUUCUAAGAGUGGUUGGGGUUGAUGUGAUUCCAGUCAAUGAGAAAGUCCAUGUUUCUAAAACUUGGAAGUAGGGGAGGGGACAAGUGGAGGGAUGUCCGACAGCAGCCAAUGAGAGUGCUUGGUAUCUAAGGACUACAGGAAUCUUGGUGCUUGCCAGAGUUGGGCCCUAGAUGUCUCAGAAUGCCAAUAAUGGGCAAUGAUUCCUAACGAUGGACCCUAGGUAUCUGAAAAUUCUUGGGGUUGGGGGGUGGUGGUGGAAGGAAGCCAGUCUCAGCCAAUGAGAGCCCCUUCUGAUUAUUCUGAGCUUACCCCUCUUCAAACAGCAGGAUGGAGAAAGGAGGCAGUGAUUCUGAACUAGUGGGGAGGCAUUGGAUUGUCAGGGUCCUACUACUGAAACCCCGUCUCUCAUUUUCUUCCCAUUGCAAGGUCCUUUGAUGGGGGUAGCUCCCACCCAACCCUGAGAGCUUCCCCUAUCCUCCCAGCCAAGCUGGGUUUCUCCCCUUAUUCUCCCCAUCAUCCCCCAAUUCCAAUCAUUAUGUUAAUGACCCUAAACUCUGAGUUCCCCUCCAGCUACCAGUGCUGGAAGGAGGGAUUCUCUUCUACUCUAUGCUCUGAGACUAAAGUGGGGGAAAGGGAGUUGAGCAGUCUUUGAGGACAGGGUGUUGUCUUUCUCCAAGUGCUCUAUCCCUCAUUUCCUUGGUCCUAGAUUUGUUGGGGGUGGGUUUGGGAGGGGAUUCAAUGUUUGGACCUAAGGGCAGAGUCCUGUGGUGGAGAAUGGAGAGGAGAUAGGGGGUUCCUUGUGACCUACACAUGGGAGACUGCCUUUCAUGUCCUGGCUUCCUCAUCCCACCACAGCAAGAAACAAAAACAAAAAAUAACCUUUUCCCUUCCUGAACUGGCUGUGCUAGUUCUAGGGCACAAUACCCCCAACAGCCCUGGCCCUGCCCCAAGGGAAGCUAAAGGGGGCAAUAGAGAGAGACCUCUCCUCCACUCCCAGUUUCACAGCCUUUAAUAAAGAUCUGUUUGUAUCAGAAAU